AUGACUUCGAAACCAAAUUAUUCCAAAACCCAAUCGUUUGAUGAGACAAUAAGCACAAUCCUACCAUCGUACUCCAUGUACACAUCCACAGUCGGGAUGAAUGUCAAUGUCCCCGAGGACAACGAGGACGACUUACCGCCACCGGUGUACAGUUGCAACAAUUCGGAAUUGUCGGCCCAUACCAGCUCAGAGAGUAACCACUUGCAAGAAGCCACCACCACUUCUGCUUCCUCUUCUUCCGCCGCUUCCACCACCCCGACCUCAGUAUCCGAGUCUCAAAACCGACGCGUGGCGCCGGUCAAUUCAACCUCCACCAUCGAUGACAUCCCAUUGAUUGUUGCUGAUGAAAAUGCCAACUUGAUGGAGACGAUAUUGGAUAAUGUGCACCGGUUGCCUAAUAUGACAUUUGAAAAACAAGAAAUUUCCAAAGCUGUACAGCUCGAGGUGUUUUAUACGAAAGACAUUGGUGAAGUUGGCAAAGCGCCCGAGUUGAUUGAUCCGUCUAUUUAUGAGUAUACCCAAGGAGACUUAUUGAAUGGAUACAUCACCAUUAAAAACACGUCCGACAGACCCAUUCCAUUUGAGAUGUUUUACUUGUUAUUUGAGGGAAAUUUCAUGGUUGCUAAUGAAAAGAGACCGCAGGAGUUGGAACCAGUAAAGAUUCGUCGGUUUUUGGAAAUGUUUGAUUUUUAUGGUAGUUGGAAUGAGGGCCACAUAAACCGAUUGGUCACAGAUUCCGAAAAUCCAUACUUAUGUAAGUUCGGCAACACAACUGAUCCCUUGGAUGGGGCGUAUUUGUACUUUGGUCCUAAGAAGGAAAUCUUACCUCAUCGUGUUUACAAACGGUUCUUUUCAUUCAAGAUUCCCAACAAUCUACUUGAUUCAGAAUGCAGUGAGCACAGUUUGUCCAAGCAUGUUGAGUUACCACCAACUAUUGGAUUGUCUAGAUGGGAAGUUGCUCACUACCCUGAAAGAGACUUGAACAAGAUUAAAGAUUUUUCAAUUAUAAACACGUCAGUGGGGUAUGGAGUAAUGGCAAGAUUCAUUGGUAGGAAAUCAACGUGGGAAGUGAAUUUUGGGAAAAUCGUUACUCCAAAACACAAGGAUCAUGCCAAGUUGGUCAAUUCCAAAGGUGACGAAUAUAUUAUUUUGAAGGAGUUGACCAAUUACAUUCGAGUGGUUCCUACUACAAAUGUCGUGACCGAGAAUGAGAGGUUGAUGAAGUUGGUUGAGAAUAAGUUGUUGUAUGACAACUUGGUCAAGCGUGUCAAGGAUAAGAUUGAUAUUGGACACCAAUUGGAAAAGGCAUUGGAAUCAAGAACAGUUCCUGAAUUGUCGCCUGAUCUCACACAGGAAGAAAUCGAAGCUGCCAAAAUGGCCCAGUCGUACCAACACGCAGAUUCAAUAAGAGAUAUAAAGUCCAACUUGAAAAAGUUGGAGUAUUACGAGGUACUCGUUCAAUUGAUGAAGAGGUCAAUUACCGGCUUGAAAAAUCAAGGAGUUUUACAAGUCAAGUCACCAAAACAAGUUUACCAAGUAAAGUACAUUCCUCCGUGCAGAUUCAGAGAGGAGUCGAUUGAGGAGUUGGAAAAAAGCUGGAAAUUGACCGUGCCCAUUGAAUUGACAACCAUAUUUCCAUCAAGUGAUACUAACCAAACACCACCAACAAUCAAAAAUAUCAACGCAGAGUUGGUUGUGCACACAAUGAGGUCAUUGACAUCUCCAAUUGCCCUCGAGUUUAAUCAUUGCUUGAUCUACAACAAGUUUCCCAACAAUAGUAAGCGCGAUGUUGACCUUGACACCUUCACCAACAAUAUUGUGCGACCAUUGCAGAAGCAGUCAACAGAACUAUAUCACUUGUCGCAAAGGCUAGGGUUGCAAAAUUUCCGGAUAGAGAAACAAUUGGUCGAUGAUUUGAAAUCGAUAUGCAAGAUUGAAGAGAAACUGAAUAAUUUGGUCGUGGGGGAUCUUUUAGUUAAUGGUGGGAUAUACAACUACAAAAGCAAUGGCUUGAAGUGGACCAAUAAUGGUGAUGGUGCAGCAACAUCGGCUUUCAAUUUGAAUAUCAACUUGGCGUCAUUAUCGUUGAAGGGAGUCCCAACUAGUGCAGCUCAUGACAAGUCCUACAAUAGAUUUAAUUUGGUGCCUGAUUUCCAAUCUUGUUUCAUGACAAGAUCGUAUCACUUGAGAUUGACUUUUGAGUUGAGUAAUGGUGACGUUGCACGUCUCAAGGUGCCUGUUGUAGUCGAAAAAAAUUAA